AUGAACCAACCUGAAGUCAUCGAUGCCAAUGAGCUGGAAGUGGCGCUUCAGGAAAGGGAACAAUGGCAAGGAGUUUGGCCUGCAGUCCGUGUCAUGGACUUUCAUGAUGGGAAAAUAACAAUUGAUCGUGCUUUUGAGCUUGCUACCGAGCUAGAGAACUUUUUGAAAGAGAAACCACAAGCACAACUACGAUUAAUUCUAUUAGAGACUCGUCAAGUCACUCCUAGUACAAAAAGUCCUAGGCAAGGCGAGAUUAUCUCCGCCGCUAUCAAUCCAGCCAUGCUAAAAUGUCUCCGAAAGCACGCAGGGCUAUUCAACACUUUCAUUGAGGCGACUUGCGGCAUCGGGCACUGGUACUCAGCAAAACACAUGUGCUACAGCGAUGAUUACAAGGAACAGCAACACAAAAAGGAUUUCGAGAUUUUCUACGAAUACAUCCCUCAAGAGAAGAAGCACUCGUGCACGCAACUCUCAAUAGCCAAAAGCUCAGCCACAUACUUCUUUCUUGAUCUUCCCGGAUCGGUGCUUGCACGGGUUCUCGGGGAUGUAGCCGAGGAUGCUAAACUCUCGGCGCGCUUCUUUUACAUCGAUACCUUGAUUGCGGAUGAAGCAAUGAGGACAUGGCAGAAAGACAUUGCAUUGAAGCGCACAGAGCUAAAAGCUUUAGACAAAACAGUCGACCAUUCAGAGGUUAACAACCAAUCCAUCCAUGAGCUGCAUGCCCUGGCUCGGGAGUGGCAUAUACUAGCACGGAAUCUGUCCGACUAUUCUGCCCUUCUGAAGUUCUUUAAGAGUUGCACGUCACGAUAUUAUGCGAUAACAACCGUAUACGCAAAUCUAUCAGCGCGGGAGAUCACCCAAUUGACUGCGACUCUCGAAUAUCUGGAUUCGAGUUGCCAGUCACUGACCUACUUGAUCUCCGACUACAGCGGUCGAACCAAAACACGGAUUGACUUACUAUACCAUCUUGCCAACCAAGCAGAGAGUCAGUCGACCCGGGAGCUCGCCGAACUAGCACGGCAAGACAGCGCUGCGAUGCUCACCAUUGCGGCAGUCACUCUAUUAUUCCUCCCUGGCACUUUUAUUGCGGCGAUAUUGAGCACUCCCAUUUUCAAUUUUGCGGAUGGAGAGAUGCAGGUUUAUAGAAAGUGGUGGAUAUUCCCCGUCACUGUAGCGCCGUUUACUAUUCUUGUGUUUGUCGUCUGGUUCGCCUGGCUGGGCCAUAAGCGUGGGAAAUGGGACAAAAAAUAG